UAAUAAUCUUUCUCGGCCCCAAAGCAACAGGGAAAGAUGGCAGAUAUUGGUUCCGACAAUCUUCCGUCUUUGGCGACAUCAAGUCCCCCAGACACUGAUAAUGAUCCUACUAAAGGCACCCAAGACGUCAAACCCAACCGCUACAGUUCCAACCUCAUCGCACGUCAGCAACGAAUUCAUGCUUUCAAAGUGGGCCUCGGCGUGCUGAUUUCCCUUCAGUUCGUCCUGAUAGAGCCCGUUGACACCUAUUUCCAGCAAACGGGUGUCUGGGCUGUCAUCACUACGGCGAUAGUCAUUUUGCCAACACCCGGAGAAACUAACCAAAAGAUGAUCAACCGAACAAUUGGAACGGUUGUGGCGGCGGCUCUGUCUAUCUUGUUGGGCAUAGCGUGCAGUGAGCUUUCCAACGUACUUUAUCCUCUUGGUCACAUUUUGAAUGCUAUGGUCAACUUUGCCGUUUGCGUGGCAGGCACUUACAUGGCCGACAAAGGUGGCACCUGGUCUUAUGCGUACCUCUUGGGUUUCAUCACAUUUGUGUUUUUAUCUGCGUCGAUCCUUGUGGAUGAUGAUGUUUGGGUUGGCGUCUUUCGAGCCGUCAUGAUUGGAAUUGGAGGCAUCAUUGGACUCCUAGUGUCCUGGCUGCCGCCCACUUUAUCUGCAACCGCCCUGGCAAAGGCAUACUUGGCAGAUGCAAUACUAGAUACCUCGCUUGCAGCUGAGGCUGUCAUGGAGACCUUUUUCAAAGGAAGGAAACUGAUUCCUAUACACCUCAUCACAGAGCCCGAGGAUGAUGACGCCUUUCACAUACUGUCUGUUGCCGUCCAAGUGUCCCGUGUUCCUCUGGAAGCCGCUCUUCAAGCGAGCGCCUUUGAGGGGACACGCGACAGUCAAGUCAAGUCUAUGCGACUUUCCGGUUUGGCAGUGCGAUUGACAUUGAGAUCACUGUUGGCAGCCGAUGUUCUGCUACGUCAAGACUACCAACCAUUGGAUCCUUCCGUUCCAGCGGAAGCCCAAUUGACACUGAGCUUGAAAGAGGUCGUUUCCUCCAUCCAUGCCACCAUGCUGUCCCAUGAAAUGGUUGAUUUCAAUGCGCUGACUGUGUCGGUGGACAAAGAGCAAUCAUGCUCUGUCAGCGACAUGCCUCUUUCGGAGGCAUUGAUUCAAUUGGAGACGUCACUGGCAGAAUACGCCCUUGUCAGGACUGAGAAUCGCUGUAAUGGCGAGUGUCAGACAAUGCAGAGCUUUGCUUGCCAUGUUGCUUUUGCAAGAAACAUUCACGAUGCUGGAUCACACUUUCUUCAGGUUUUGCCUCACCUGUUGGCAGGUGAUAUUGGUUCCACAAGUCACGGGUCGUCUUUGGACCUAUGAUCGAUUACCCGUACAGUAGAGGAAAGGUGUAGCAGUACUCUAAUGUUGGCCACCUAGAUCCCACAUGUACAUCUCACCUGUUAAAAUCAGUAACGCUCACAGCCAAGGAGGAGACUGACUAGUAGACCAUUUCAGACUAGGAGCUUAUUCUGUUGUCACAUGGCUCUCAUGAGGUUUCGCCAUGUAGUUCGA